CUUGAAACACGUGUCUUUAACUUUUAUUUGUAUAGCUAUUUAAUCAUGGAUCAUUUUCGCGGCUUGUUUGAUAAACUCGACAAGGAUGAAGACGGAUUCAUAUCAGUUGAAGAACUGCAUAGUGAAAUGCGAAGAAUAGGUGUGGUACCAGUUUGUGAAAAGGCGCAAGCCAUCAUGUCCAAAUAUGACCAAAAUGAGGAUGGACUUCUAAGCUAUGAGGAAUUCCUCAUUUACAUGACAGACAGAGAGAAGCAUUGGAAAAUAGACUUCCAUGCCCUUGACAGAAAGAAAUGUGGAACAAUUGACCUGGAGGAUAUCAUGACUCUAUUUAAAGAAUUAGGUGUGGUUUUAUCAAAACCCAACGCAAGGAGGAUCAUUCAAAUAAUGGAUAGAGACAAUUCUAUGACAGUAGACUGGGAGGAAUUUCUUCAGCAUGUUAUCAUUAACCCAGCAGAUAACAUUGGAGAGCUGGUAUCUUCCUGGAAACAUAACCUGGUAUUUGAUGUAGGUGAGAGUCGCCCUGUGCCUAUUGAGCUAACCCAGGAGGAGACUGACCUAUCUGUCUGGGGGAAUUUUAUAUUGGCUGCAGGCUUGUCAGAUGCAGUAUCUAGAACUGUGACCGCACCAAUUGACCAGUUAAAGACCCGACUUCAGGUUUUUGGAUCCAGUGCUGUGUCUCUGGGAUUCAGAGAGCUACAGACUGGAGGUUUUAGAUCAAUGUGGCAAGGAAAUGCUGUAAAUGUCCUUAAAGGAACACCACAAUCAGUGCUUCAGUGCUUCAUCUAUGCACAGAUGAGGAUGUAUACUCUUGGCGAGAGGGACAGUCUGUCGGUGCAUCAAAGGUUUGGACUGGGCUGUGUGUCAGGGGCUGUAGCACAUGCUGUGUUCUACCCCUUAGAGGUGCUGAAAGUAAGACUUAAUCUCCAGCCUGCUGGCACCUACAUUGGAGUACUGGGAUGUGCCAAGUUGAUUUACCAUAAUGAGUCUGUGGCAGCUUUCUACAGAGGGUUCAAACCCAGCAUACUCUGCAUGAUACCCUAUGCUGGCGUGGAAUGUGCAGUGCAUCAGUCAAUUAUGAACUGGGCCAGACAGGACACAGCCCACAUCAGCGACCCCAAACUCUUCCUCUUCAGUUUUGCAGCGUUCGCAUCAGGACAGGCCACCAGUUACCCUCUCGCUGUCAUCAGAACACAGCAGCAAGCUCUAGCUAUCUGUUCAACCUCACAGAAACCUGCACAUGCUCUUCAAGGUCUCAUUGGAAUCUAUGAGCAGUACGGAGUCAGAGGCUUCUAUAACGGAAUGGGUGCUAGCUUUGUGAGGGCUGUUCCUUGCGCUUUGCUGAAUUAUAGCCUGACCACAAAAAUUGAGACAUUGCUUUCUUCAUUGCCAUAAUAUAGAACAAGAGUUGAGGAAAGAUGCCAUGUAACUCUUUCUUGAUUUGUUGUUCUUUUACUCUAGUUUGUUUGUUUUAGUUUUGGAAGGUCACAUAUUUUUAAUGCACCAAUAUCACAAGGUUACAAACAUCCAAUUUGCUGUUGUAUACUCUAUCAUUUUUAUCAUUGUUCUUUUAUGGAUUGAUGUUAAAGUGUGAUUGCAAUACUAAGCUAGUUGAAAACAAACACGGUAUAACACAGAGCAGGCAGCACAAGGAUUGCAGAACCCAAGCAGAUUUUAAACAGAAUAAAUGUUCAAUA